AAUCUCUGGCCCUUCAUUUGCUCUCUUCCUUGUUCUCUUCCAGUUGGCCCAAAAUAUUAUUUUGUUCUUAUGAUCAUCUCCCUCCCUGCUUCAUUUGACCUUAUAUAUGAUUUCUGAGAUUAAUGUAAAGGUCAGGUGCACUGUUGUUUUAUAAGCUGAAAUAGUUAUACCCUGUUGGACCUGAAAUUGUUAUUAUCUGAAAUAAUUAGUAUCCAUCAAUACACAGAAAUCAUUAAGUUCUUAAUUCUGAUUUCAUGGCAAGCAUCGCGGUGAGGAUUUUAAACGUCAUCUGCUUGUUCGAAUUCUGUUUCCAUAUCUGGAGGAGGAUUAGACUCCAUGUUGUUGUGAUGCGGCAAGGGAUGCGUGAAUUGGGCAAACCACACAGCUUCAACAACCACUCACAUUCCCAGGUGUUAGUCAUCUACAUCCCUGCAGUUCACUUGUGCUAUUCACCAACCUUUGAGGGCAGUUACAUGUCAAACCUUGUCAUGUAUGGCCAUGUGUUAGUCUGACAGAACUUCAAGUGCCACUUAUUGCCAACAUAAGACUUUGAUUGCAGCUAUAUUUAUUAACUGUCUGCGUCUUGUAAUUCAAGUAUACAAAUUACAGCAUACCCUUUGAGAUAGAGGCAAAAGAAAGCAAGGAGGAUAAUGGCAGAUACCAGAGGAGGUACCGUGGGUUGCAAUGAUGAGUGUGGAUGUCCUGUUCCUUGCCCUGGUGGCACAUCCCAUAACAUUCUGCCUGAUAAUGCAUACAGGUGUAGUUCAAUGAAGGCCACAAGCGGAGAGGGAGCUGGGCACAACAAAUGCUCGUGUGGCGAGCACUGUGGCUGCAAUCCAGGCACAUGCCCUAGGAGCGUGGUGACUACUGGGGUGGGCAAGGCCUACUGUAAGUGUGGUGCUGAUUGUGCUUGUCCAACCUGCAGUUCUUGAGGGGAAGCUUUAGCCAGCUCAAGUAGAACGAAGGCAAGCUCCAUCAUUUCAUCGAUGAUGAGUGGCAUGAGCAUCUGGUUAAAUAAGGAAUUGCCUGGAUUGGUGCUUAAAGUAUAAGCAGUACUAUGUUGUAGCUCCCAUGUUAUUAUGUGCGUGUGCUUGAGGAUGUUUGUGCAAAUGCUUCUCUUUUGUUUUUGAGAUUUCCUCGAAUGAAAAUCCUCAUU